UAACAUUUCAAAGCACAAGAAUUGCAUUACUAAGUGCAGCUUGUGCAAUUGGCAGCGCUUUGAAUACGUAUCACCAGGUGUCGCGUUCGUCAGGGUGUUUAGUAAAAAUCUGUAGGGAUACGUAAUCAUCAUGAUGUCUCUAACGUGUUUGCAAAAUCAGCUCUUACCGUUAUCGCAAAUAUUCGGAACAUUUGGAAGUUGGCAAAAGGUUCCAUCAGCAAGGGUUUUCACCAAAUCUAAGAAUUCAGAUCCGUCUGAAUCAAACGGUGUUCAUACCGAUAGUCCGACCCCAGUUUCCAAUGUGUUUGCAGCUUUGUCCUAUCAUGAUGUAAACCAUCUGCUAGAACAAAUAUCCCCAGUGUACCGGCAGUGUAGAGCAAGACCUGCUUCCUUCUCCCAAAGCCAUGUAUCUGCUAACACUUUCUUAGAGAACAAACAAGGCUAUCGCGAAAAUGUGUGUUAUCACUCGUUAAUUCUACCUUUCCAAAUUCGGACUUUCAAAACCUACAGAAGUGGUGAUGUGAAUAUUCAGAACACAUCAGUAACUGAGCGUUUAAGAUCAAAAUUUCAAGGUGGUGAUGUCAAACGUCUUGCUUUGGGAAAUGUCCAUGACAUGACAGCUAGAGAUAUAAAAGCUCUUUUAGGGAGUGAAAAAUUGGCACCUGAAGAACAAGCACGUUUAAAGAUAGCAUUUGCUGAAGGUUACCUAGCGGCGGAUCCAAAGAAAAAUCCUAGCAGAGCCAUGCGAGCUUUAAAAGUAACCCAGUACAUCUUGAGUGUGCUGAUAUUUGCAGCAAUUCUUUUCACAUUUAUGGGCACAUUCGGCGGAAGUUCAGUAUUCAGAGUAUCUGUUGGAAAUGGGAGUGAGGUAGCUCCCGAAGAGAUCAAUGUUACUUUUGAUGACGUGAAAGGUGUCGAGGAAGCUAAACAGGAGCUAAAGGAAAUUGUAGAAUUCCUUAAAAAUCCAGAAAAGUUCUCUACACUUGGUGGAAAAUUACCAAAGGGUGUCUUGCUAGUCGGUCCACCUGGAACAGGCAAAACAUUGCUUGCGCGAGCGGUGGCAGGAGAGGCUGGAGUUCCUUACUUUCAUGCUGCUGGACCAGAAUUUGAUGAAAUUUUGGUGGGCCAAGGUGCUCGCCGGGUCAGGGAUCUUUUUAAGGCAGCGAAAAUGCGUGCUCCAUGCGUCAUCUUUAUCGACGAAAUAGAUUCGGUUGGAGCAAAGAGAUCGAGCUCUGUCCUACACCCUUACGCUAAUCAAACAAUCAACCAGCUUUUAGCGGAAAUGGAUGGUUUUCAUCAAAACGAGGGCGUAAUUGUUCUGGGAGCGACGAAUCGGCGUGAUGAUUUAGAUAAGGCACUUCUUCGUCCAGGUAGAUUUGACGUCGAAGUUCAGGUUCCCGUUCCCGACUUCGCCGGCCGCAAAGAAAUUCUUCAACACUAUUUAAGCAAAGUCAAGCUAGCUGAUGAUGUCGAUGUCGAACUGUUGGCUCGGGGAACAACGGGAUUCACCGGGGCAGACAUAGAAAAUCUCGUGAACCAGGCCGCAGUACGUGGUGCAAUAGAUGGAGUUCCCGCCGUUACAACCAAAUACCUUGAACAGGCACGAGAUAAAGUUCUUAUGGGGCCGGAAAGGAAGUCAAGAAUCCCAGACGAGGAAGCCAAUUUGAUUACUGCGUACCACGAAGGAGGCCACACGAUCGUGGCUCAUUAUACACAAGACGCUCAUCCAUUACAUAAGGUAACAAUCAUCCCACGAGGUCCUUCUCUUGGACACACUGCCUAUAUCCCUGAAAAGGAACGCUAUCAUGUGACCCGAUCUCAAUUGCUUGCCAUGAUGGAUGUCGCAAUGGGUGGAAGAGCUGCCGAGGAACUGAUCUUUGGGCACGAGAAAAUUACAUCUGGUGCAUCCAGCGAUCUUAAACAAGCUACGUCAAUUGCAAUGCAUAUGGUGAAGGAAUGGGGAAUGUCUGAAAAGGUUGGAUUCCGUACGAUCGAACAAAGCAGCGGUUCACUAGUAGUUGUUAAUGAUCUUAGUCCGCAAACGUCUGAACUAAUUGAUUCCGAAAUCAAACGGAUUCUCCAGGAGUCCUAUGAUAGAGCAAAAGCUAUUCUGAAAGAACACAAGGAGGAACAUAAAAUGCUAGCGGAAGCAUUAAUGAAGUACGAAACUUUGGAUGCUGACGAUGUCAAAUCAAUACUGACAUCAAAGAAAGACUACUGAUUUAUUUACGUUUGGACCCAACCUCUAGCUGAUAACAAAGACAGUUCUUUAAAAUUAUUUCUUACGAGAAAUACACUCGACGAUAGCCAAAUCAA